AUGCAAUAAUAAAAGUAAUAGCCAAGAUAAAGGACAAAGGAGAGAUUUGUAAGUGAGGCAAUCAAUUUAGUUAAAUUAUGGAGAAUUUGUUCAUUCCAUCAUAAAGUAGAUAAGUUUAUUAAACUGGAACCAAAAUCGUGGAUGGCAGAGCUGUUCGAUCACAUUAGAUUAGGCUGCAGAAUUAGUAGAUUGUCCACGAAAAACAUUAGAAGACUACUAUUAUCUAUUAAGGAAGGCUGAAACUUUAGGUAAAGUGUUUUAGUUAAAUAUUUUAGUUAAUUUAGAGGAAAAGAAAAAUGAAAAGAUGGGAUACAUUAGAAAAUUAUGUAAGGAAAAUAGAAAAUAAAACUAAGAGAUAAAAUUGGAGGAGGAAAUUUACUAACUAAAUAAAUUUUAAUUUGAAGAUAAUAUUCAUGAUGAUUGA